GGCCUGAUAAUGGUUUGUGAAUUGUUGCACUAACUAAUACUAAAAAUUGUCGGAUACUUUGUUUUUAAAACAAUUUAAAAUUCCCUCCUAGAAGUGCUGCCACCUCUGAAUCCUUCGGUGUACUUCAUGGCGAGUUUGCCAAUUUACCUUGAAGAACAACAGUAGAUCAGUUGCAACAGGUUGCAAGUUUGCUUGCACACAUGAGCAAAAGAGAAACGAAACGACUGGGAAACGUGACCACGUGUUAAUAGGUGUUAUCAGGUGUUAUGAUGGUUGGCAGCAUACUUACUGGAAAAAUUGUAGACAUUUUGCCUGAUAACAACUGUUGUCCAUGAAAAUGUCUGAAACCUCAGAAGACAUUAUUGAUAUUAUUGACUUAGUGUCUGACGAUGAAGAGAUAACACCAUGCCAAAAAGCGUCUCGUCAGAAUGUUCCUUCCUCAGAAGUGGAGAAGUGUCGUGAUUAUGUUUGUAUUUCCUGUAUCAAUAAGUCUCUAACCGAUCCUAGUGGAACCAGAGAUUUAAAUUGCAUUUUGUGUACAUUGGCGAAUUCAGACACAGCAGCGAAUAAGGACCGAUAUUGGUGUUACAUUUGCAAUAAUCUUGCAUCCCUUAAUUGCCAUAUAGAUAAUCAUGACAUUGAAAACUAUAAUUAUUACUACCAUGCACAAUCUAUAUUGAUAAAGUCCAAUAUCAAACAAACAAAUUUGGCAUGUGAUGAAGCACUUCAAGAUUGUCAGAAAACACAAAACGCUGUUGAAGCCAUUAUUGCUUGGAUUAGAGUACUUCUAUUUGGAAUGACUCAAAGAGAUUCAUCUAGCACUGAUGCCUCUUUCCAGUGUCAAGUUUUCAUCGCUCAGUUAGAAUCUCUUAAAACAGCUGGAGUGUUUCAUGUGGCAGAAGAAGAAGACAGUGGCAUUCUAAGUUACGUCAGUCAGCUUACCACUCAUUUCACUGAUAGAUCAACUGAAGUCCAAGCUGCUCAAUCGAAAAUUCGUAAUCUCCUCGAAAAAUGUAGCAUUCAACAAGAAUCCAGUCAAUCCUCACAAUAUUCAAAUGGGGAAUCUUCACCCGAUCUGAUUAACAAACUCACUACUGCCUUACACCACAACAAUAAAUCUUAUGUUGAUGUCCUAAUUUCACUGUUGAAAGAAAAAGAAAAUCCUAAAAAUGACCUUGAAUUGGAUUUGAGGAACAUCGAAACUGAGAAUCAGAAAAAAGGCGAAAACAUCCAAGAAAAAAUUGAUGAAAUUCUCGGAAACUGUGAUCCACUUUCAUCGUGCUCAGGUAGUCAAGGACAUCCCAAGAGACGAGCAGAUGAAGAACCAGAAUCGGAUACUGCCAGGAUUUAUAAGAAAAGACGAGGAUUUUCUAAUGGAGAAAUUGCCGAUGAUCAACACGUGCGAACUUCUUCUUUCAAAACUCAAAGCCAUCAAAGUCAUCCAAUAUCAACACCGUCGGUUGAUACAAUCACCACGUCAAUUGAUACCAUCAGCAAAGAAGCUGGUGCCGUGAUUGGUUCUGGGAUUAGUGUUGGCAAUUAUCUUAGCAAAUUCAAUGAAGUCCGUUCUGAUCUAGCGCAGAAUCUCCAAGAAGCUCAGAUUAGACUGAAGAUUCUUGAAGAGGGAGCGAUUACGUUAGGAAAUGAAGAGGCGAAUCGACAGAAAUUAUCGAAUCGCAUCGCUGAACUUGAAGCCGAUCUGGCCGCAAUGGUUGAAAAGGUCAAAUUGGCCGAAAACUCAGAAGCUAAAGCAAGACAAGAAACAUCCAAUUUAUUGAAACAUGCAAAAGAAGUACAAGAGAAGUAUGAAAAAGAAUUAAUACGGCAUACUGCUGAUGUUGAGCAGUUGAAUUCUGUUCGAGAAGAGAUGGAGCAGUUGGAACAGAAUCAUUCUCAACUUGAAGCCAGACUUGCCUUGCUCCAACAAACUUCCAUGCAACUGGAGACUGAAUUUAUCAGUGAUCGGACUAGCUGGCAGGCUGAAAAAGAUCUUUUAGAAAAGGAAAGCGCUGAAAAAGAUCAGAGAUGUGCUAAAAGGAAGAGACUGAUCGGUGCAUUGCAAAAUCAAAUUACUUCCCUAAGUUCUCACAUAACUGAAGCGAACCGAUGUCAAGAAAUUUUAAUGAGAGCGCUUAGUGGGGAAGAUACCGAUUCAACACUCAAUUCCUCUGAUAACGAAGUUAAUUUGCAUGUCAUGGACCAACUUCUGAAAAUGGUGCGCUGUUUCCGUCAUGAUAAGGAUAAUGCAGUAUCACGAUCUACAGUCCUGGAAACAGAGUUCCAGCGUCUGAAAAUGCAAUUAGAAGAAGCGGAGCGCCAAGCUAACAAAUUUCAGACCACCUUAAGUGAGGAAAGAGAAGAACGAAAGGUCCUUACCGAUAGCCAUCGGCUUUUAAAAGACGAAAAAGAUAAUCUUUCUAAUCGAGUUGAAGAACUGAGCGUUAGAGUAAAUGCUUUGGUAUCUGAAUUGGAGUCGCUGCAGAGCAUCAAUCAGCAGUCGUCUUGCGAUCUGAAGGAGCUCACCGAGGAGAAUGAAAUGCUAAAUCACCAAAUUUCUUUAUGGAAGGCGAAAACUGACAUGUUGCAAGAAAAUGCUGAAAAGAUUAGUAAACAGCAAUCCAACGAAGAACCAAUUAAAAAACAGAGCAAAGAUAUCAAGACGUUGGCAGAAAUGAAACAAUUCAAUAUGCAAUUGAUCACUGUAAAACUUGAAUUAGAGCAAGCAGCUGCAGUAGCCAAAGAGGAUUCAGAGAAAUCAAAAUCAAGGUUGGUUGAAGCUCUUGCCAAAUUUGACGAAAAAACAGCCAGUGAAUCCGAACAAGUCACUCAGCUACAGCAGAUUGCUCUCGAAUACAAGACGCAGUAUGAGAACCUCAAAGUCCAACAUGACAACUUGAUAAAAGAGCACGAAGAGAUUUGCGCUGUCCAGACGACACGAAUUCAGGAACUGGGUGCUUCGAUUGGCAAGAUAAAUGAAGAACUGGAGGAAUUCAAGAAGAAAAAUUUAGUUCAAGAGAAGUUCAGAGGAAAAGUUCGACUUCUUAUGGAAGAAAGAAGCUCAAGUAAUCGGAAUUUGAACAAAAUGCCUCAGCUCGUCCCUAUAAACGUUACACCAGUUUUACCAUCUGCCACGUUAACUGAUCGUCCUCUGAAGAAAAAUCAGGAGCAAUUCAAUUCAUCAUUAGAAGAAAUCAACUCUCAUCUGGCUGUAGCGUCCCGCCCUGAUAUUAUUCCUCUUGCUUCUGCCACGUCUCCCGAUUCAGAAGCCGUCAAUGACGAAGCCACUUUCAAUCAGGAAUCAGACAAUUUGUUUGAUCGUGAAUUUGAAUUUCUCGUUCACACUCAAAACUGCCAGCAUGGAAGGAAGGUGCCCAAUGGAGAGCGCACCGUUUGCCUCUGUCAUCCGCUGAAAAUAAUGUUGAAACACUCAACUUCAUGUAAUGCUGGCGAAAAUUGUCCAGUACCUGAUUGUUGGUUUUCACUCUCCUAUCAAUCGGAAGAGGUUUCCACUAAAAUCGCCCGACUGGAAUCUGAUCUGCUGUUUGUGGUGGAACAAGCUGAAUUAGCCGAAGAAUCGGAAGCUGCUGCACAUCAACAAGCUUUGAAUGAAGUGAAGCGUGCUAUGGAAGAUCAUGAAAGAUUCGAAAACGAGUUGUUACGACGAACUGCUGAAGUUCAGCAACUGAAAAGUGACUUGGAGCAAACCCGUUCUCAGCUAACAGUUGCCUUAGAACAACUCAACAGUGGAGCUACGCUCGACGAAAUAAAAAAUCUGCAAUCUGGCAAAGAGAGUGCUGAAACUGAACUGAAACAAAUCAAGAAAGAAGUGGAACAAAUCAAGAAAAAUGUGGAACAUUUGAAGAAAUCCGAAAUUGAAGAAAAAGAAGAACGAGUUCGCGUAGCUGAUGAAGAGAUAAAGAAUCUGCAAUCUCACAAAGAAAAACUUGAAAAGCAUCAAGAACAAUUAGAACGCUCUCAAACCAUAUUGACCGUCCAGUUAAAAGAAUCUCAGGAAAUCAACACGCAGUUGGUUGCUGAAAAAGAAAAUCUGGAGGGCAAAGUUCGUGCAGCCACAGAAUUGAUAAAAGAACUGCGGCCUUACAAAAAAUUGAAUCAAACGCAACUAGAACAGAUGAAGCAGUCUCACACCUCAUUGACUGAACAGUUAGCGAAUUCUCAACAAAGCAAUACACAACUGAUUGCAGCAAAUCGGGAAUUGGAAGAACAAAAUCACACUGCUGUAGAAGAAAUAAAGAGAAUGGAAUUUCACAAAGAGAUGCUUCAAUUGGAACUGGAAGGAAUAAAGCGACUCAAAAACGAAUUAGUCGACCAAUUUACCGAAUCUCAGGUAACCAACACUCAACUAAUGGAAGCAAAGAUGGAAUUGGAGGGAAAAGUUCGCGCAGCUGAAGAAGAGUCACAGAAGUUGCUCUCCGAAAUGAAUACUGAUCUUAAGCAACUUAACGAAGCUCUCGAAGAAGUUACUCGCUUACGCGAAUUAGGGGCUAAGUAUGAAGGACUCAAGAAUUGCUACAAUAAGAGAAAACUGGAGCUCGCAAGUGUUUUUCAAGAAAAGGAAAAUCUUCGCCAGCAAGUUGAUCAACUAUCAAUCGAAUUGGAAGAAACCAAAAAAGAAAGUCAAGCGGAUGAAAGAAUACGUAAAAAACCUCGUCUUCUUGUUGUAACGGAGGAGACAAACACAAAUCAGCAAACACCGCAUCAACAGGAUCAACAAAACGUUUCAGUGAUGGAUACGGCGACAUCAUCGAUUUUGAUGUCAUGCAACAAGGUUCCAAACAAGAGUCAACAGCAAAAAUCGGUUAGCACUUCUUUUGUGGCAGCACCUACUGCGGCUGUCGUUCCACCCUGGACCGGAACAAUGACGACACGAUGGACCGGAAUUGAUGAUAGUGAAAGAGAGCCAGUUAGUUUGGAUGUUGAGGACAAUCCGAUCAGCAGGAAAUUGUUUACUACACGGCACAAUGUCCUGAAUCACGCUCGAAAAUGUCCUUUAAGAAUGAAAAAGUCAAAAGACAAGUGUCACGUUCCACUCUGCUUAGAAUUGGCUGCCGUUUUGGAUCACAUAACGAAAUGUAAGGCGGGUGCAUCGUGCCGAAAAGCUCAUUGUUUAUCUUCUCAAAAGAUAAUUCCCUAUUGGAAAUUAUGUAAACAAAAAAACUGUCCGCUGUGUUACGUUAAUCGAUCGGUAAGCCGGAAAGCAGACAAGUCUGAAGUUCUUGAUAACAAUCCGCCGCGCAGUCCGUUGCAGAAGCUUAUGGAUGAACGAUUUUGUCCAUCACAGCGCUUCGAAUCCUUAGCGAUGGCUAUGUUGACCCAGCUUCACAACAGUUGGGAAAACAAGUUUGUUUACCCUUGUAAUAACUGCAAAUCGAAAGUGGAAACUCGAUUCCGUUGUAACGUCUGUACAUUCCCUGUUUUCGAGUUGUGCGUCCACUGCUACAAGAGAGACGGUCAUUGUCAUCAGAUGGAUGAAAUGGGAUUCGGUUUGGAUGUUUGUUCCUCGAAUGCAGAACAGACACACUCCCAUAAAAUUGAUCUAGUUGCGCGUGGAAUCCUGGCUUUGGCUCACUCGUUGAAAUGCGACAAACUAAAUUGCGAUUAUUUGUUUUGUGACAGAAUGAAGAUUGCGGUCAAACACAUGCAUAAAUGCGAGAUCAGUGGCUGCCCUUUUUGCUGUCAGCUGGUUGUGUUAAUUAUUUAUCAUGUCAAACACUCUUGCCCCAAGUUAAAUUAUCCUAGAAACAACUGUACAGUGCCGUUUUGUAAUUUUUUGAACGGGAUGAUUGCUAGUACAACCAAUGCGAGCAUUAAUUCAGCAUUUGCAAACAUCGCGUACGUGACAAAACCGAAGGAUCCGGUCACUAAGGGUUGGAAUAUUUCUUCUAUUAAGGAAAAUCCUGGAGUUUCGGGAACUAACUUGGUGACCGUUUUACCUCAGCAUCCACUAAAGGAAACUGAAACGAAAACACAGACCAAUUCUCAGCUGAUCUUGCCGUCCGAGUUACGUAAAUACAGCGAAUUUGGUGUCUACUAAUUAAUUCAAAUGAUGUGCUACUUAAAGAAAUCAAGACGUUUUGGGAUGUGUCAAUACAUUUUUCUGUUUUUCCCAAAA